CAUCAUCAAGAUUACAUGGUAUUUGGAUCUCCAGUGAAUUUUCAAGAGAUAAAUGAAGAAGCCCUUGUUACUGGGGGAAUCGUUAUGGCCUUUGCGUUAAUAUUUGGCACAAUAGCCAUAUUAUAAACAUAUUGUGAACAUCAUCAUAUAUCAGUAAUGAGGGAAGCGUCUGUGCCAAUCCUUUUUGGACUAUUUUUUGGUCUAAUAACAUUCAUGGGAUAUUUUUCUUCAGGAAAAUAUUUUGAUUCGAGGAUAUUCUCUUUUGCUUUGUUGCCGAUAAUUGUUUUUAAAGAAGGCUAUUGCCUAAACAAAUAGCAUUUUAUGAAAAACUACUUUUAUGUAUUGAUCUAUGGUAUAUUCGGCACAAUUGUUCAAUUUCUCAUCUCAUUUGGUUUGACGUAAUCAUUAGUUAGUUCAAGUAUCUUAAUAAUAAAUUUAGGUAUUUUUUGGUCUCCUCCGUCGGAUUAAACUUAGGACAACUAUUCCUUCUUUGCAACAAUGUUCUUCUCAGCAUGUAUUACUUCAAAGGAUAGUGCUGUCAGCCUCAGUGUCCUUGAAUUUGAACAUGCUCCCAAACUGCAUAGCAUUAUAUUCGGGGAAUAAAUCAUAAAUGAUGUGAUAGUAUUUGCACUUUCCUCCACGACCCAAAGAUAUAAUAAUGAAAAUGUUCGCUUUGAACGAGAUAAUUGGUACAAUUUUUUGAUUUUCAUUGCAUUGACAUUAGCUUAAUUGCUCGUUGGAUUGGUUGUCGGUUUGAUUACUGGUAAUUUAAUUAUAUAGAUUUUAGGUGUUGUUUCAACUUGGAUUACAAAAACAGCUAGAUGCAUAUCUGAGCAUUCCUCAGUAUUAACUAUCUUUACUAUUUAUUGUGCAUAUUUUGCCUUUAGUUUUUGUGAAGCAUUUGAUUUUUGCGGAGUUAUGGCAGUCCUCAUUUGUGGAAUUAUGAUGUCCCAUUAUUAAACCUAUAAUUUACCUAAGUUAUCUGCAAAUUCAUCGAAGUAAAAAUAUCUAUAGAUUAAUUAGAAUUACUGUCAAAGCUCUUGCUUAUGCAAGUGAAACCUUUAUUUAUUUUUAUAUCGGAUUUGCUGUGACAGGAACUGAAAUUAAUAAUAAGGAGUACUUGAAAGGAAUCACAAUCUACCCUUUUGUUUUAAUUUAAUUCUUCGCCAUUCAACCUAUGGCAAGAUUGUUAUCCAUGUUACUAUCACAAGGGUUGGCUAUGCUGUAAUUAUUUCAUGAUUAUACUGAGAAUUUAAAAAGAUUCUAAGAGUCCCUUGAAAAUCAACAAAUAUGAAUUCUUAAUAUUAUUGUAUUCAGGAUUAAUAAAAGGGGUCAUAGCAUAUGCUUUGAUCUGCGAAGUGGACACUGAAUUUGUUAAGAAGACUCACUAUUAUCCAUUCAUCAAUUACGCAACCUUGUAUUUAAUUAUUGGAACUACUUUAUUUGUUGGAGGAUCAUUGAAAUAUGUAGCAGAGUGGGCAUAUAGUCAAAUGGAUUUACAACAUCUAAUGGAAUCAUCAGACAAUUCUGGAAUCAAAAGCAAUUUAAAACAAACCUUCAUUCGAGAAGAUAUUUAAGCCUAUGAGAAUGCAACUUAAAAUACAUAAAGCAGGUUUAAGAAAUUCGAUGAGAACUACAUUAAACCAUUUUUGAUUUAUAAUUAUCUAGAAAGGAAACAGGAUAUAUUAACAGCUAAGAAAUUAAAAAAGAAUAAGCAUGCUAUGGAGAAAUAACUAGAAGAAGAAAUGCAUAUGUAUGAGGAGAGUGUUAGAGAAAGAAGAGAAAAACAAGAAAUGAAGAAGAUGAAUUAAAAGAGUAAACUAACAAACUUGGAGUUGGAUAGUGAUGCAGAAUAAGAGGAAGAAAGUCCUAAGAAUAAUCAUCAUCAUGAAAAUUAGAAUAAUCAUCAUUGA